AUGAACUAUGCUUGCAGUCAUUAUGCAGUGCCUAAAUUAUUCAUUUGGGCUACAACUAAGACUUCUUUUAAUAUUUUUUUUGUUAAAAUGCAAUGGAGAUAAUUCAAUAAAGCAUGUUAAUUAUUGGAAUCAUUUUUAGUUUAUGUUCAAUACAUGAUGAUAUAUUAAGUUCAUUUAUUGCUAUGGGAAUUGAAUUAGAAUUUUAAGACACUACUUGUUCAACUGAUUUAUUCUUAUGGUUUGCAUUUAAUAAUGCUAAUAAACUGUCUAGAUAAUGACAAUAAGAUAUAAGUAUUUAUUAUCUUAAUAACCAAAACUCUUUAUAGCUUUUUCAGUACUAUUUUCUUUACAAGAAGAAUUUUAUUAUUACAGGUGUGGGGAGCGAGUAAGCUAACAUCAUUUUUUUUUGUUGGGGUAAGGAUUGCAGUUUUUAAAAGUGAUAGUGUUAAUUUCUGCAGAUACAGUGUGCACAAUUAUAAUAAUCAUGCACAUAAUAACCCUAAGGGUUUGAGUUCUGCAAUCAAGACUAGAGAUGUUUAUUAGAACACAGUUAAAAUACUGAAGUGCAUUCAUUACAAGAGCUUUAAUUCAAAGCAAUUCAGAUAUGAAUCACAAGUAAGUGCUGAUAGCAGAUAAGUGAAUAUAGAAUAACAAGAAAUAAACUUGUGGGGCAGGAGUGUUAAAAUAUUUCUGUGCGAUUGAAGAGUUUUAUGCAUAAAUGGCCGAUCAUCCUUUCGUCAAAGUAUAGUCUUCGCAUACCUGUGUGUUACAUGAUUUGGUUUUU